GAAAAUAUUGAUAUGCUAAAUGUGUAAGCAAAUUAAUGUAUGGUAAUUGAUAUUAGUAAUUGUCAUUCUGAUUGCGUGUCUGCGAUCAAUAACAAUUAAGGAUAAUGUUAACUUACAGUUUUAGCUUGCUAACCUCAGCUAGGUUAGCUGGUUACAUAGCUCUGGGCAACGUUAAACGUCAUUAUCUAGCAUGCCAGUACGUUCAUCACACAUACAAUAAGUACAAUAUUUCAGGUCCUAGAGAUGCUGAGUAAACAAACAUGCAUGUAAACGGUAGUCGUGUUGUUUCCUUCAGCGGUAACGUUAACGUUGUCUUUAGAUUUUGGUAUUGCUAACAUUAGCUAAGGAAGGGAACCUUAGCCAGGAGAGCUGUAACGUCAAGGAACCAUGUGUCAGCUGGCAGUUAGAAGAGGUCGUUGGCAUGUUUGUGAGCCUUUUAACACCUUCAGUCUCGAUGGAAGUACGCAGAGAGAUGCUCACUGGAUUACCAGGCGUCACUGUAAAUUAGAAAAAUGUCCAUAUGACUAAUCCAAUUGUGCAAGUUCCAAUGACCCUCCCGCCCCUUGCAUGGCUAACAUUAGCUUGCUACCUAGCUACUGUGGGUGAAUUCUGCCAGCGUUGCUAAUUAUUAGCUGCUAACGUUAUCUCACUGGCUACCAAUGGAUGAAUAGAAGUGCCAAGUCAGGCAUCUUUCCCCGUCGACUAAGCUGAUAUAAGUGGAGGUGUUGCCUGCUGUGGAUAUUCCAAACGACCUACUUUAUCACAAAGUGUCUGGAAUCUGGCUACCCACAAAAGCAUGAGGGUGUGUACUUCAGUGGACAGCUGUUAUCUUUGAAAUGAAGUUCGACCCCUCAGAAACGAGCUCAACUAAUCUCUCAUGGGGGCAGUGACAACCAUGGACCCUGAGUCUGCCCGGCAACAUGCCUCUCCGCCCUCUCCCUCGCCGUCGGGGAAGCUGGGCAAAGGCGGGGCCGCCCUGAGCUCAGGCCUAGGCGCGGUGCUGGGCACUCGUGGCAAGCACUAUGUCUGUGGCUCCCUUGCUGCCUUCACCAACAUCAUCAUCACGUUCCCGCUGCAGAAGGUGCUCUUCCGGCAGCAGCUGCAUGGCGUCCGAGCCAAGGAGGCGGUGCAGCAGCUACAACGGGACGGCCUGCGCAACCUCUACCGCGGCCUGCUGCCGCCGCUCCUCCAGAAGACCACCACCGUGGCCAUCAUGUUCGGCCUGUACGAGGACUUCUCGCGGCUGCUGCUGCGGCACGCGGCUGGCACCGGCACGCCAGACAUCGUCACGCGCAGCGUCUCGGCGGCGUUGGCCGGCACGGCCGAGGCAGCGCUCACUCCGUUUGAGCGCGUGCAGACGCUGCUGCAGGACCACCGGCACCACGGGCGCUUCCACAACACGGCGCACACCUUCCGGACGCUUCUGCGCGACUACGGGGUCCGGGAGUGCUACCGCGGCCUGGUGCCGGUGCUGCUGCGCAACGGGCCCAGCAACGUGCUCUUCUUCGGCCUGCGCGGGCCCAUCAAGCAGCAGCUGCCCGAGGCCCAGACCCGGGCUCAGCACGUGGGCAUUGACUUUGUGUGUGGCGGCCUGCUGGGUGCCGGCCUGGGCAUCAUGUUCUACCCGCUGAACGUGGUGAAGUCGCGGGCACAGUCACAGGUGGGCGGUGCCUUCGUGCCGUGCCGACAGGUGCUGAUGACGGUGUGGCACGAGCGGGGCGGCAGCGUGGCCAUGCUCUUCCGAGGGGCGCACCUCAACUACCACCGCUCACUGCUGUCUUGGGGCAUCAUCAACGCCACUUACGAGCUGCUCCUUAAAGUCAUGUGACUCGGGAACGGUAGGGGAGGGAGGGCGAGUGGAGCGAGUACGUCCGUCGCGGUUAGUAGUGCGUCUGGCGGGGCACUCGGGACACUGCAGCGCUGCACUGCGUUGCGCACUGAGGAUUCACUAAUUUGCCUAAACUGACCUUGAUCUGUACGUAGUAUGGAUGGAAACUGCCCAUUCAUUGAUGCCAAUUUAAAAAUCCAUCCAGAUGAUUAUUCAAAAGACGCACAAGAAUGCAGCCCAUGUUCUCAGGUACCCAAACUGGUACUGUAGGUUUGAGUUGGUGCCUGUUGUUUUGACUGAGAGAGGAAAGAUUAUGUUGUGCCACUGAUUUUUCCCUGAUUACCCCAUAGGGAGCUGUAUUGUCAUAAUCAACACCGAUUUAGAGAGAUGCACAAAUAUGGAGAUCUUUGGUGGGGACCAAUGUGGGACAUUGGUCCAUCCAAAUUGCACAUUUCCUAUCUUACUUUGUGUCUGUGUGUUUAAGAACAAAAUAUUACGCAAUUACAUGAUGGUAGAAAUACAGAAUGACUUGAGGACCAGGAUUCAUGAGAAAUUAAAAGGUUAAUUGAAGAAGAAAAAAAAUACCCAUGAAAAAAAUCCAGUUGAUAUCAUUUCAAUUAUUUGUGUGAAAGUUUUCAUGAAUUGCUAAUUUGUUGUGUGUUAUGUGGUGAGGUGUUCAUGUCGUAAGAGUCCAGUAAAACAUGAAAUUACUCAUUUCAAAAUGGCCUCUUCUUUCCAAUGUCAACAGCUCUUGCAUGUACAAUCUUACUUCACUUUUGACAUGCGCUAAAAUUAAUUGGAUAUUUGUCUGUUGACUUCUUCUCUGCCUUAAUCCAGUAUGUCCAUGCUCUGUCAAAGUAUUUUCAUCUUCCGUAGAUGUAAUACAGCUUUAAUGAUGGCAAUGUUUGUGUUAAGUGUUAUUAUUGACAUAGUAAGACAACACUUUGUUAAUUAAAUUAAACGUUGACCAGACCAUCA